AUGGGAUCAAAGACCCCUGAAGGACAUCAGCAAACUCCCGAUGGAAACUCCAAUGGGCUCAAAACUGCUAAUGGAGACCCUCAAAUCACCCAAAAGGGUUCGGGCUCAGCAGACUUGGAUCGUGGAGUCGUCAGUGACGAUGACGGCGACGACGAUGAUGACGACGAUGGGCAAGGAGCUGCUGCCGGGCAACCAGAAAAGAAGAAGAAGCGUAAAAGGUCCAAAAAGAAGAAAGGCAAGAAAGCUGUCCUCUCUGAGACUCCGACAGAACAAACAUCUCCUCCGAGCGUGUUGGUGUCUAAGUUGUUCCCAGCCGAGAAGUAUCCAAUCGGAGAACUUGCACCGUAUGUAAACACGUCCCGUACUACGGAUGAAGAGACACGUUAUAACUCCCGUCUCUGGAGCGACAACUUCCUCACCGAGUAUCGCCAGGCAGCCGAGAUCCAUAGGCAAGUCCGUCAAUAUGCUCAGUCAGAACUGAUAAAGCCUGGUGCAACCCUUCAAUCAAUCGCCGAAGGGAUCGAAGAUGGUGUUCGCACACUUUCCGGUCAUCAAGGCCUGGAGACCGGCGACUCAUUGUAUGCCGGCAUGGGAUUUCCAACAGGCCUUUGUCUCAACAAUGUUGCGGCUCAUUGGACUCCGAAUCCUGGUGGAAAAGACGUCGUUCUAGACAAGAGCGAUGUGUUGAAGGUGGACUUUGGGGUCCAUGUCAACGGUCGCAUUGUGGACAGCGCUUUUACGAUUGCGUUUGACCACACUUAUGACAAUCUUCUUACCGCUGUGAAAGAGGCUACAAAUACUGGGAUCAACGAGGCAGGUAUUGAUGCUCGAAUGGGUGACAUUGGAGCGGCAAUCCAAGAAGUCAUGGAGAGCUAUGAGGUUGAAAUCAAAGGAAAGACGUUCCCAGUGAAAGCAAUUCGCAAUAUCACGGGUCACGACAUCUUGCAGUACCACAUUCAUGGAGGCAAGCAGAUUCCGUUUAUCAAGAACAACAAUCGAGAUAAAAUGGAGGAAGGUGAGGUCUUCGCCAUCGAGACCUUCGGGAGCACAGGCAAGGGAUUUUUGAACGAUGAAAUUGGUGUUUACGGCUACGGUAGACAGUCAGACGUCUCUGCCGCCAAUCUCCACCUCGCCUCUGCAAGAUCACUCCUCAAAACCAUAGAUGCCAAUUUCGGGACGAUAGUUUUCUGUCGUCGAUACCUUGAGCGACUUGGAGUGAGGGGCUAUCAUCUGGGAAUGAGGGAUCUUAUGAACCACGGCAUCGUGGAGUCGUACGCCCCACUUGUCGAUAUCAAAGGCUCAUAUACGGCCCAAUUUGAACACACGAUUCUCCUCCACAGUGGAGGAAAGGAGGUCAUCAGCCGCGGGGAUGAUUACUAA